AUGGAUGAGAAUAAAUCCAUUGAUGAAAACACAGAUGAAUUCACUAAGUUAGUUUCCGAUCUGGAGAAUCUUGAAGUUAAAAUAGAUGAGGAGGACCAAGCUAUUUUUCUUCUGAAUUCUCUCCCUCGAAAAUAUGACCAAAUCAAAGACACUAUUAAGUAUAGCAAUGGCACUUUCACUCGAGAAAGGGAAUGGUUUAUUGACUACAAAAGAGUUCAGGGAAACAAGGUACUCAUGGGCAACAACCAGGCAUGUGAUGUUGGUGUUGAAGGGAGAAUAAAGCUAAAGUUAUGGGAUGAUAAGCCGAAAGCACACAGACAGGUGUCCAUCCAGAAAGAGGACGACUCCCCUCUACUGGAGCGUGUAUCACAUGUGUCUCCGAACAAAUUGAAGGAGAUCGUGAAGCACUACCGCGUUGCUCCAGAACACACCCUAUAUGCUCCUCAGGAGAUCUACACUGUGUCUCUUCGGUAUGCCGACACGUCCAGCACCCUCUCCGCAUCUACUGCUGAGAGGGACUGUCUUAUAGCUCGGGUCCAGGAGCUUGAAGAUGAGCUUAACGAAACCAAGGUCAAGUUGUCAAAGGACUGGACUAAGUCUGCCAACUUGCUCUCAAAGAGGGAGAAAGCGAAGGCCAAGAUCAAGGAGCUAAAGGGCAAAGCUAGACGCUUGGAGCGCGAGCUCCAGGGGGUCAACACUACUGCGGCUGCGUCGCAGCAGAGGGCAGCACAAGCUGAUCCCCCAGCUUCUACUGUCCCUGACACCACCGUACGUAUCCCAGUCAAUGCUCAAGACUUGGAGAAGAUCCCUGAUACAUUUCGGGGGACUCUUUAUGAGACGGCAAACCAUGUGGUGGAACAUAUCUACAAGGCCAAUCCAAAGGACCUGAGGUCGGCCUUGGCUCAGCACCGCUGCAUAGCUAGGGCCAAGUCUAGGAAUGAAGAUCUUUGGGCUGAGCUCCAGGCUGCGCAGACCACCUUGACUGCAGCCCUAGCUGCCCUCGCAGUUGCUCAACAAUGUGAGUUCGAUGCCAAGGCUGCCCUUGCAUUGUCUCAAGAGAGCGAGCAGGCUACAAAGGUUGCCUUGGCUGCUCUUCAAGUUGAGGUCGCGGAGGCCAAAGCCAAGCAGCUGGAGGCCGAGGUUGCUAUUAAGGAGGAGAAGGCGGCCUCACUAUCCUCCAUGGAAAGCAGGCUAUAUCACUGUUUGUCCUUCAACUAG